CGGUGCCGCCCGCCAUGGCCGCCGCCCGCCCCCGGCGGGGCAGCUGACAUGGCCCGGGCCAGCGGCGCGCAGCACAUGCCCGCGGAGACUGCCGGAGAGCCGCCGGAGAGCUACCAGCUGCGGCAGGAGAACGAGCUCCAGGUGCUGGAGUCCAUCUACGGGCAGGACUUCCAGGAUCUGCGGCAGAGCCAGGCCUGGAAGGUGCGACAGCCUCCUGAAAUUAGUUUAGUUCUGCGUCCUCAGGGAUUGACUGGUGCUAAUGAAGUGUAUGCCAAAGUUGACCUGUGGGUCAAGUGUCCACAUACUUACCCUGAUACAGUUCCUGAAAUACAAUUGAAAAAUUCAAAAGGCUUGUCAAAUGAGAAAAUAAAUGAACUAAAAUCCAGAUUAGCUGAACUGGCAAAACAGUGCCGUGGAGAGGUGAUGAUAUUUGAACUUGCCGACCAUGUACAGUCUUUCCUCAGUGAGUAUAAUAAACCACCUUCCAAGUCUUUCCAUGAAGAAAUGCUAAAAAAUCAUCAAAAAGAACAAGAAAGAUUAGCUCAGGAGGAAUUGCGUAGGGCACAAGAAGUUAAGAGAAGAGAGGAACAGGAGCAACGUGAAAUCCUUAAUGAGAUUCAAAGAAGGGAGGAAGAGAAAAGAGAAGAAAGAAAAAAGAAGGAGAUUGCCAAACAGGAACGUUUGGAAACAACUGCUCUGACAAAUCAAGAAAAUUCUCGCAGUAGAGACACUGCAGGGUAUAAAGUUGCUUCACGCUUAAAUGGGAGCUGUUUGGAACAUGGGGUGAAUAGUAAACACCGACCGAAUUCAACUGGACGCUCAAAACGAGAACGACAGCUUUCUGUUAGUAAUAAUGAAGAAUCCCCUGGAAACCAUGAAGUUUUGAACUUCAGCACAAGUGGUUCUGGACAACUUACUGUCCAUAAAGGAAAAUGUCUAGGCAGGGAUGAACAGCUUGGUAAAUCAGUCUACAAUGCCUUGGAAAUUCGCAGUGGAGACUUUGUUUUAAUAUAUGAGUGGGUUCUGCACUGGCAAAAAAAGAUGGGAAGAUUUCUUACAACGCAUGAAAUGGAAAAGAUUGAGAAGUCUAAGAAACAGCUUCAGGGUGCAGAAACAGAGUUCAACUCACUGACGAAGCUAAGUCACCCAAACAUAGUACAUUAUAAAUGUAUGAACCUUAAAGAACGGGACGAUUCAAUUGUGGUGGAUAUUUUAGUGGAGCACAUAAGUGGUUGCAGCCUUUCUACAUACUUGCACAAAGAGACUCCAGUUCCAGUUGAGCAGUUGCGCCAUUAUGUGACCCAGAUCUUGUCAGCUCUUGACUACUUGCACAGUAAUUCAGUAGUGCACAAAGUUCUUUGUGCUUCCAGUGUCCUGGUAGAUGCUGAAGGCAACAUCAAGGUGACAGACUACAGCAUUUCCAAGCGCUUAGCUGAUAUCUGCAAAGCAGAUGUUUUUGAGCAAACCAAAGUUCGUUUUAGUGAGGAUGGUCUUCCCAACAAACCUGGGAAAAAAGGAGAUGUAUGGCGUCUGGGCUUGCUUCUGCUUUCACUCAGCCAGGGCCAAGUAACCAAGGAAUUUCCAGUUGCUGUUCCUACCAAUUUACCUGCUGACUUCCAAGACUUUCUGGGAAAGUGUGUUUGCUUGGAAGAUAAAGAAAGAUGGACUCCUCAGCAGUUGUUACAACAUAGUUUUAUAAACAUUCCGCGAAUAAAAAUACCUGUAGCUGAAGAAGAUCUAGAUGAUUCAGCAGGUGUAGAUUGCAUCGAGACAGUUAUACCCAGCAGUCAGAUAUCCAGUGCUUCAUUCUUCACAGAAACACAGAGACAAUUUUCACGCUACUACAAUGAGUUUGAAGAGCUAAAAUUACUUGGCAAAGGGGCUUUUGGAGCAGUCAUCAAGGUAAGAAAUAAGCUUGAUGGUUGCUAUUAUGCUGUGAAACGUAUUCGUGUAAACCCUACCAGCAAGCAAUUCCGGAGGAUUAAGGGAGAAGUAACGUUACUUUCCCGCUUGAACCAUGAGAAUAUUGUGAGGUAUUACAAUGCUUGGAUAGAGAAACAUGGAAGUCCUGUUCCCACUGUGUCAUCAUCUGAAACAACCGAAGAGAGAAGAAUGCCCCCCAAAGCUGGUCUCUUCAUGCUUACCACUGAGGAGACAAAUGAUGUGGAAACUAAUGCUCCUCCUCCAGUUUUGACAAGUUCAGUUGAGUGGAGUACUUCAUGUGAAAGAUCCUCUAGCAACAAAUUCAGUGGAGCUGAUCAGGAGUCCAGUGAUGACGACGAUGACGGUGAUGGCGUGUUCUCGCAUUCAUUUUUGCCAACUACAGAUUCUGACAGUGAAAUAAUUUUUGAUAAUGAGGAUGGAAACAGUAAAGGUCAUUCCCCAAAUGAAGAAGGCAAUGAAAAGAACAGCCAUGGAGGAGAAGACAGGAGGACACCUGUUGUUCAGACAGUGCAUUACCUGUAUAUUCAGAUGGAGUAUUGCGAAAAGAGCACAUUAAGGGACACUAUAGACCAAGGGUUAUAUGAAGACACCAGUCGGCUUUGGAGGCUUUUCCGAGAAAUUUUGGAUGGGUUAGCUUACAUCCAUGAAAAGGGAAUGAUCCACAGAGACUUGAAACCUGUGAACAUCUUUUUAGAUUCAGAUGAUCAUGUGAAAAUUGGUGAUUUUGGUUUAGCUACAGAUCAUCCAGCAAAUGCAGUGCUCUCUAAACAAGAAGAAAAUCUCUCAGAUGGUUCUGCUAUGUCUGACCCUUCAGGUAAUUUGACAGGAAUGGUUGGCACUGCACUGUAUGUCAGCCCAGAGGUCCAGGGAAGCACUAAAUCUACAUACAAUCAGAAAGUGGAUUUGUUCAGUCUGGGUAUAAUAUUCUUUGAAAUGUCUUACCAUCCUAUGAAUACUGCAUCAGAAAGGAUCUUUGUUCUUAGUCAGUUAAGGCUGCCCACUAUUGUAUUUCCCAAGGACUUUGAUGAAGUCAAGCAUGCAAAGCAGAGAUCGGUUAUUACAUGGCUCCUGAACCAUGAUCCUGCAGCACGACCAUCAGCUGUGGAGCUGUUAAAAAGUGAACAUCUUCCACCACCACAGAUGGAAGAGUCUGAACUCCAUGAAGUACUCCACCAUACCUUAGCAAACGUGGAUGGCAAGGCCUACCGGACCAUGAUGAGCCAGAUAUUUUCACAGCGUAUAUCUCCAGCGAUAGACUAUACCUAUGACAGUGAUAUGCUGAAGGGUAGUUUUUCUGUUUGGGCAGCCAAGAUACAGCAGCAUGUAUGUGAGAUUGUCAGCCGGAUAUUUAAAAGACACGGAGCCAUCAAGCUUCAUACUCCACUGCUAAUGCCCAGAAAUAGGAAACUAUAUGAACAUAAUGAAGCUUCAUAUUUCAUGGAUCACAGUGGGAUGCUGGUAAUGCUUCCUUAUGACCUCAGGAUUCCUUUUGCAAGAUUUGUAGCUAGAAAUAACAUAACAAACUUGAAAAGAUACUGUAUAGAGCGAGUUUUCAGACCUCGGAAGUUAGACCGCUGUCAUCCCAAAGAACUCCUAGAAUGUGCAUUUGACAUCGUUACAUCUACUGGAAAUAGCUUUUUGCCUAUAGCAGAAACAAUUUAUGCCAUUUCAGAAAUCAUUCAAGAGUUUUCAGUGCUACAGGAAAGAAAUUACAGUAUUUACUUGAACCACACGGCCUUACUGAAAGCUAUACUUUUGCACUGUGGGAUACCAGAGGACAAACUCAGUCAAGUCUACAUCAUUCUAUAUGAUGCUGUGACUGAAAAGCUAACUAAAAGGGAGGUGGAAGCUAAAUUCUGUAAUCUUUCUCUCACAUCAAAUAGUCUUUCUCGACUCUACAGAUUCAUUGAGCAGAAGGGAGAAGCAAGUAAUGUGUUUCCAUUUUUAAACACAAUGAUAAAACAAAAACCAGGUGUCACUCAGCUCUUGAAACAUGGAAUGAAGGAUUUAGAGGAAGUCAUUGGUCUGUUAAAGCAUCUGGGAAUAAAACUUCAGAUUUCUAUAAAUCUGGGACUGGUUUACAAAAUACAGCAGCACAAUGGUAUUAUCUUUCAGUUUGUAGCGUACAUCAAAAGAAGACAAAGAACUGUGCCUGAAAUUCUUGCUGCAGGGGGCAGAUAUGAUCAUCUGAUUCCACAAUUUAGAGGGCCACAGACGGUAGGACCAGUUCCUUCAGCUGUUGGAGUCAGCAUAGCUAUAGACAAAAUAACUGCUGCUGUUUCCAGCGUAGAGGAUUCUGUUUCUCUCAGUUCAUGUGACCUGCUGGUCGUAAGUGUUGGUCAGAUGUCAAUGGGUAGAGCUAUCAAUAUUGUUCAGAAACUCUGGACUGCAGGAAUUCCAGCUGAAAUAAUGUAUGACUGGUCCCAGAAAACCCAGCUGACUUCAGUUUUUGUGACAGACUACCAGUUAUGCAGGACUGAGCUAUUACUGAAAGCUGCAGCCAGCAGGUCCCAGGAAGAACUGCAGGAAUACUGCAGAUGCUCUGGGAUUACAUAUGUAGCUCUUGUGUCAGAUAAAGAAGGAAGUCAUGUGAAGGUGAAAUCCUUUGAGAAAGACAGACAGACAGAGAAAAGGAUUUUAGAAUCUGACUUAGUUGAUCACCUGAUCCAGAAGCUGAAAACGAAAACCGGUGACGAAAGGUGUAGUAGAGAAACCUCAGAUAAUCUUCCAGUACCAAAUCAAAAGGGAUUGUUUACUAAUAUUUCAGGUGUAUUUGAAUCACAUGGAACUCUCGUAGUGCCUAACGUUAGUGUUAUAGCUCCUGAAAAAUUAUCUGCCAGUGCCAGGCGUCGUCAAGAAAUUCAGGUCCAAACAAGACUUCAGACAUUCAUUUCUAGCCUGCAACAGAAAACAAGUGAGAUUGACAUUUUAGCUGUAGAUCUGCCAAAAGCAACUGUGAUACACUUCUUAUCGUUAGAGCUUGAUGGAGAUAGACAAGCCUUUGAUGCUACUGUGAGACAGUUGAUGUCACGAUGGCCCAAACAGAGAUGUUCAUACUUACAAGCAAUUUGUGAUGAAAUUUACAGUAUCAAAAUGGAAAAGAGGGUUCCUGCACUCAUCCUGUACAGUUACCGAGAUGAAUACAAGGUUUUGUUUUAGUCCUUAAAGCAUCUCUUAUGGGAUGCUCUUAAAAAUAGACAACAGUGUUUUGUCAAAAGGAAUUUCAAAAAGCUGUAAUAAUGCAAGAUGGGCAAGUAGUGCCUUUUACCUGUGUCCAAAUUGAAUUUCAUGUAUAUUUUCCUGAUUCCAGCCAGGACAGGGAUAAUUUUUGCUGCAGGGGGGAGAAAGUGGGGCCAGGACUCAGAGAUUAUUCUGUAGGGUGAAGGUGUCU